UCUAUAAAUUGCAACGUCACUCGCGUGCGGAAGUGAUUUGGUGUUGAACAACGGCAUUGUUUGUAGCAAUGUUCAGUGCGUUUAACAUGAACUAAAUAACAAUAAAUGUGCUUAUAGUUUACGUCGAAGCUUUUUCUAAUAGAAAGCUACCACUCCACACUACCCAGUUCAAGUGUCUGACGCUAAUCUUAAUCAUUGUUAAGUUGUUUUAACAACCCGUUGUAGUACAAAGCUAGUUAGCAUGUAAGGUAAGUGUUAGCUAAUAAGCUAUGGUUUGUUGACAGUCGUUUGUUGACAGUCUGUCAAUCUAGGUUUGGACUGCAACUAACUAACUACGACCAAAGGAAAAAGUCUGAAUACUAUUAAAAUGCAAAACAGCAUUUUCCUGUACCAUUAAGUACUUAAACGUAUUAGUUAGGAAACCUCACUUAGUCAAUAAACCACAUAGCAACACGGAUGAUUACGUUCCUUAAAUUGACUAAAGCCCCGGUUAAUCUAUUUGCUUUCUUGAAAUAGAUUGCGUUAUGUAUGGCUGCAUACCGUAUUUUAAGAUAUGCUCACCUAUUGACGAAAGGAUUGCCUACGAAACAAGUCUGGACAAAACCAAAUAAUACCUCAAUCGUGGUGUCUGCUCAAGUUGUAUUAAUGACAGCACUGACCGACUUUGAACCUUUAGCAAAGACACUCAGAGUUGAAAUCAGUGCACCUAAGCCCCCGUCUUCUCUCACAGAGCAGAAAUAAUGACACAGUAGAUCAAGAAAGGAGGCAAAGCAACACAGACGGAAAGAUGGAUAUACAGGCCAAAGAUUGGAGCAGAUGGUUUGCGAGGUGUAAAGACGAAAGGUAACCAUCAAAGAAUCGGCCCUAGACGACAACAGAAAUUAAGAAAUACUCUUGAGAGAUGGUUGGUUAAGCCCCAAAAAAACCCAAGUACAUCUGUGUGCCAAACCCAAGAGGAUGUAGAGAUGGCAGAUGACAGUAGCUUUCAAAGCACUUCAGCUCAGGUUCUGGCCUGUACAAAUGCUGAAAAGCCUGAUAUCUCUGACUCUGAUGAAGAAACCCAACCCUUGACCCCACAAGACCUGGAUGAAGACAAUCCUGUGUCACCAGCCUUCGAGGAUUUUGCAGAGAGUGAGUUUUUGCAGACACUGUCCCACAAUUAUGUUGGAUUAGAGAAAGAAGAAGUGGAGAGAUACUCGGCAGGCUCAGAGGACUCUGUCAAACACAAUACCAAAAUAACAGACUUCUUUUCUGGGAGCGCAUCUUCAGAUAAGCCUCCAGAGAAACAAGAUGCAGACAAGGACAAGUCUAAUGUCAAAUGGCUGGGGACACCAAUCAAUGAGCUAAAGAGAAUGCCUGAAUGUGGCGGACCGCUUCCACCGCUGAGGGAUGUUCCCGGCCAGCACACUGUGAUGAUAAGGACAGACCUUCUUCAGAAUGGUAAAGUUCCUGUUCCAUAUCCUGUUGAGUUUAAGGAUACCUGGGAUGAUGUCCAUGUCAAAAUGCCCUGUUCCAGUUGGAAUCUGUUUCCUGUACAUGAUGAGGAAACGCAAGAACGGCAAAAUAAGAGUCGGUGGGAGUUGAUCAAGGAAACUUUUAACAACAAAUUAACAUGUCAACCCGAGCUGAAGAACGCCAUUUUGAAAUACAGUUCCUCACAGGCAAAGAAAUGGGACUUCACCGCAUUACGUCUCUACUGCACCAAGGUCCUGGAGCCUGAUGCUGCUGAACAUCUGUUUGACUCCCUGCUGCCAGACAUGGUGCAAUUAGCACUGAGAGCAUCUGAGCUCUGUACCAAGCCGAUACCCCUCCUCAAGGAAGGCAUGAGCCACUCCAUCACCAUGUCUCAGGAGCAGGUGGCAUGUCUGCUCGCCAACGCCUUCUUCUGCACCUUCCCCCGACGCAACUCCAGAAGGACUGAGUACACCAACUACCCAGGCAUCAACUUCUUCAGGCUGUUUGAGGGGCCUUCUUCAAGCAAGAUUGAGAAACUGAAAACCCUGAUGUGCUAUUUCAAAAGUUUCAGUGAACAAAAGCCUACUGGACUUGUAACAUUCACACGAAAAAGCUUGGAUAAACCUCUGAAUUGGAAAAGCUCUCAGGCGCAGCUCACAAAGCUCCACAUUACUUCUGAAGGGACCAUCGAGGAUGAUGGUUAUGGAAUGCUUCAGGUGGAUUUUGCCAAUCAGUUUGUGGGAGGAGGAGUCACCAGUUCUGGUCUAGUCCAAGAGGAAAUCCGUUUUCUGAUCAACCCCGAGCUUAUUGUUUCUCGCCUCUUCACUGAAGCCCUGGAUCACAAUGAAUGUCUGAUCAUCACAGGUACACAGCAGUACAGUAAAUACACAGGCUAUUCUCGGACCUACCAGUGGGCUGGCAGCCACCAGGACAAAACUCCAAGAGAUGGCUGGCAGAGAAGAUGCACAGAGAUUGUGGCCAUCGAUGCGCUGCAGUUCAAGAACUUUCUUGAACAGUUUCGCCCCGAUAGACUCAACCGAGAACUCAACAAGGCCUACUGUGGCUUUGCUCGCCCUGAAGAACAAAACCGAAACCUUUCCGCAGUGGCUACAGGGAACUGGGGCUGUGGGGUUUUUGGAGGUGACACGCAUCUGAAAGCUCUGCUCCAGAUGCUGGCAGCUGCCGAGGCGGGCCGAGAUGUGGCCUAUUUCACCUUUGGUGACAGCAAGCUCAUGACAGAUGUCCACAAGAUGCAUUCUUUCCUAACUCGGAGGAAGAUCAGUGUCGGGCAGGUGUAUGAUCUCCUGGGGCAGUACUACAGCUCAGUGUGCAAGAGCUGCCUUGGUCGACGACCUGACAUCAGCCUCUACUCCUUCAUCUACCAACAGUUCAGCUCCUCCCUGGCGCCAGAUGACUCCGACAGUGGCUCGGCCAGACAUCACGUCCCCGCAGACUGCCGUUAAGGUCAACGUGGCUGAUGAGUCACCGUGCCUUAUCUUCGGGAAACGAAACAAAACCGAAUUAAAACAUUUGCCUUUUUUUUUCUUUAGCUUUAUUACUUUUGUAAGAGAAACUUGAUUUAACAGUGGUGGAUUUACAAAAUGUGGUCGCCACCAUUGGCAGCCAAAAAUGACAAUCUAGCAUGCAGAUCCUCAAACACCACUGAAGUGCAGAGGGUGAUUAGUUACGACCCUGUCUGGCGCUGUGUUCAUUUUGCUGCUGCUGGUAAUACGCCGAUGGAUUGAGCUUCAAUACGACGCAGUUGUGAUUUUAAUGGCGAAGCAAAGGUUGCCAUCCAUCUUCUGAGUUUGUCAUGUUGCCUUUUUUACACCCACACAUAUCCAGCCUAAUUGAAUUGGCUGUCAGAAAUCAAGUUAAAGGAAAAGAAUAACAAGAACGGGGUUUAGAAAGCUUGGAGCAGUCUCAGGAAAGCGGUUUGAUUUAAAGAGCUCUUUGGGAAAUAAUAUUGUACAUUCUGCAUUUACAGUAACGUUUUACUUUUACUACAUUUUUGGGGUUCUUAGCUGUAUGGAAUAUAAACUCCAAAUUACCAACAGUUGCACUUAGUAUAUUCAUUUAGAUUUUUUUUUCUUUCUCCAUUUCAAAGAUGAUUUGACUGUGAAUCUGUUAUUUGUAGACCUUCUUAAUAAUUGCUGUAUAGCUGCACUUGAGUUUAUUUUUUUCUGACAGAUUUUGUAUUUCAAACAGCCUAAAUAAAAUCUGUUUAAAGUGAA